AUGCAGCAGCCAACCUCUGAGUGCCCCGUCGACAACGAGCGCCCCGUCGACAACGAGCGUCCCGACGCAGCGCACGAGUUUGCCGACGACAACGAGCGCCCCGACGUUGAACCCGCGGAUUGGGUCUACGUGGCCCGCUGGGCGUCGCGCGAACUUGCCCUCCAAGGAGUCCACGACCAAGCCUUCGAGCUCGGCUACCAGUUGCGCUGGAAGCACUCGAGCGGCACGCACACGAUGUUUAUCUGCGUCUCGCACCUCAACUGCCCUCACCGUGUCCGCAUCGUCAAGGACAAGAGCCCCGAUGAUGGCUUCGUUGUCGAGAGCCGGGACAACCACGGGCUUGUCGCGAUCAACAUGGGCGGUGACGUUGUCCACCACCGAGACCAAGGAGAUCAAGCACCCGCUCCUCGCGCGACCAGCUCCAAUCGAUCGAUUGCUCGGCGUGGUCAACUGGCCCUCCCGGGUGCAAUGGCGGCCGCGCGCUCCAUGUUGGCCACUGCCCCUGCAGCGAAGCGGCGCAUUGGGAUGCCCAAGGCUGUGAAGCCAAUCGUCGCUGCUCUUCUGCGCGGUGGCUUGGGCCCGAAUAAAGUGCUCGAGCAGUUGCGCAAGACGUACAAGGACCGUCCCAGGUUCAUCGCGAGCCUCCCGAGCCGAGACCAGAUCAAGGCCCACCAGGCCUGGCUCAAAAAGUCGCUUUCCGAGAGCUACCGCGUCAACACCUACGCUGCUUUGCUCGAGUGGGCCGCUACCCGCACGUACAAGGGCAAGUCGGACAUCUUCUACGGUGAAUCGGUCACGCGUGAAGGGGUCGACACGUACAUGCGAAGCAUUGCCGGCGACCUCGGCGGCAUCACGACGGUGGAUGAGCUCGAGAUCAACUUUGUCUCGAAGCACCACGUCCGCAUCAACGCCGACAUUGAAGUUGAGCGGGCCGAUGCGCAUGUUAUUUGGACGCCGGCCCAGGUCGAUCUCGUUGCCGAAAAGUACCAGUGCGACUGCAAGGGCUCGUUCACCACGGGCUGGAUUUGCUCGCACUCGGUCGCGGCCCAAAGCAUCAUGUGCGACCUCGACAUGCAGGCUCUACUCGCCGAAGUCGCUCCCCGUCGUCGCCCCGGUGGCCAGCGCAAGCCGCAACAUUCAACUUUUGCGGACGGGACCCUCAACCCGUUCUACUCGGUUGCCAACUUGGUCGCGCUCCUCGUCGACAAGCCAGGUUACUGCUACAACUGGACCAUCCACCGGGAGUUCUCGUUCAUCGACACCGAGACCGGCCGCGAGACGUCGGACUACAUGCUUGGUACGAUCAUCCGCUUACGCAAGGGCGAGGUUUACUCCUGGAUGGUUCGCUUCGAGGACGCCGAAGAGCUAUGGUUUGAGGUACAAGAGCUCGCAGAACUCAUCGAGGACUCCGCCCGUAGUUUCGUCGAGGUCGAUUCGUCGCGCUUGCGUGUCCACAGUCCGACGAUCGGCGACACAGAGUAGUCUCCCGCAACCAAAA